AUGGAGGCUUCUCCGCUGACGCGACAGCCUCAGCCCGAGGUGUUCCAGCCCAAGAUUGUGGUGCUCUACGAAUCACUCUUCAAGGACGAACAUGAAGACGAACGAUCCGAGGGAUUCUGGCGCGAGUUCUUCCUCCUGCGUCCCGACCGCGGCACGCUCAAGAAUCUGUUGGAGGGCUUAAUGCCGGGCCAGGUGCUCGCGCUCGAGGACCGGACGAGGGAGCUUUUCUUGCGCGCCGUCGAUACCAUCAAGGCCGACCAGGGCGUCGCUUGCCUGCAUGCACUUGAUACAUUAAGUGUGUUCCUGGCCUCCGUGCUGGCGAAGAAGUAUGCGCAUCCGAGUUCCGAAGUCAUUUCCGUCCUGGCCGGCAUCGACCUCAUCGACACCAUCUUUACCGAGUUUGUCGCGGCGCUGGACUCCAUCAUACGCGGCGGGAGGACCUUGGAGCGGCGCCAAAAGGCCGUCGAGGUUGUUUUGGCCGUCGCCGCGGGGGCCUACCAGACCAGCUUGCUCACAUAUUUCGUCCAGCGGGACUUGUUCCCUGCCGUUAUGAAGUUCAUCCAAGACUCGGAAUCGCCUGCGCAGACCAUCCAGACUUUCGCCCUCCUUGGCCUGCUGGCCAACUACAACAAGUUCGAGUUCCAGAACCCCUACCAACAGCGGCUCAACGACUUUGUCAACGAACCCAUUAUUCGAAAGAUCAUCAGCAGUGUCGGGUAUACAUGCCAGAAAUUGGCCUUGGACUACGUCGACGUGCUCGAUGACUUGCCCGAAGGCUGGACACUGAGCAACACGCUACAUAUGAUCGGCCUUGGCAUCGUGGCGCGGGGUCCGAAACCCGAGAAGAAGCCUGUGUAUGAUGAGGAGACGCAGAAGCAGAUGUUUGCUAAGCUACCCGGCGAAGAAGCAUCGGUGUUGUUGGCCACCUACGACUUUACGCAUGCCAACAAGCUCUUUUGCUUCAACCUGGUCACGUUAGCCGAGAAGGGAGAGGAGCAGCCGCUGGCCAGCUACCUCUCUCUGACCUCGUACCUUCUCCAACACGCCUACCUGUCUCCCCGAACGGCGCACUACGCCACCCUCAAUCUCACCGUCAUCCGCCUCCUCGUCGAGGACCCGGUCCUCUGCAAGAGGAUAUGCGGCGAAGAAUCCAAGACGGCCGUGCGGCUCUGCCGCCAGAGGUCGCCGCACCUCCCUCUCGUCCGGGGGGAGCGCGUGAUGGCGACGGCGGUGCUGGACGCCAUGGUGGACGGCAUCUCGCACAACCUGCGGCGCCGGCUCGACGUGGGCCUCUACACGCUCUGCGUCGGCAUCAUGCUGCGGGUGACGUCGUACCUCGCGCGGUCGCGCACGCGGCUGCCGUACCACUGGGCCGACUUCUUCCGCGCGCUCCUCGCGCUCGUCCGCUUCCUGACCACGUACGCGUCGGACCUGCGGCUCCUCCUGCAGAUCGAGGUCCUGCUCGACCACGUCGCGAACCUCCUCGCGCUGGCGCUCUCCUCGGGCGAGGCCUUCCUGCCCUCGCCGGCGGCGUACGACGACUUGUUCUACAAGGUGGUGGAGGCCGGCGACGUGCUGGUCCGGUUCAAGGAGAGCUACGGGCUGGGGAAGAGGCAGGGCAAUUCCAUCGACACGCUCAUCAGCGUGAGCGCGCACUAUCAGGACAUGCUGAAAGGGCCGGGCGGUGGCCCGGGUGGUGGCCCGGGUGGUGGCGGUGAGAAGAAGCAGACGCCGACCAAGAAGACGAAGACGAAGGGGAUCCUCACGAGUGCGCAGGUCGCCGACGUGAUUAAACAGGGGUACGAUACGCUCAGUAUCCAGGCAAAGGAAGGGCUGGAUACGUGGGAACGGUACCGCGAGGCCGAUGAGCGGACUGUGUUGAAGAAGGUUGCGCGGGUGGCGGUCGCGGAUGGCCGCGUCUUGGUCGCGCCGUAG